CGUUGGUGAUGCAGUGUUUGUGUCAACAACAAUGUCAGUUCAUCACUUCCAUCCCGCAGAGCAUGGCGUGGCUAGAGAUCGCCAAGGACCUGAACGCCGGCACCGCUGGCGGCGUGGCAGGUAUCAUCGCUGGUCAUCCCUUAGACACCAUCAAGGUGCAGCUCCAGACCAGCCGCGAGGCGAGCGCAGGCGUGUUGCGCACUCUCCGUCGUGUCAUCAGCUCCGAUGGCGCUGCUGGGUUGUACCGGGGUCUGCUGUCUCCCAUCCUGUCCAACGCACCUAUCAACGCCGCCAUCUUCGGAGUCCAGGGACACGCUGUGCGUAUGAUGCAGACCAAGGAGAACGCUCCGUUGUCCAAUACGCAGCACUUUAUAGCGGGGAGCUUGGCUGGACUGGUCCAGGUGGUGUUCGCGGCACCGUCGGAGCACGUUAAAAUCCAGUUACAAACAGGAGCAAUGGGCAAGGAACACAGCUCGUUGAACGCUGCAAGGACCAUGUACAGGAGAUACGGGAUGAAGACGCUGUUUAAGGGAUGGGAGGCCUGCUUGUUGAGGGAUGCACCGUCAUUUGGCGUCUACUUUUGCUGCUAUGAAGCGACCAAACGAGCAUUAACAGGAGGAAAAACCGAGAACGAGACGGAUUGGAAACUCAUGACGUCGGGUGGAGUUGCUGGGAUGAUCUCGUGGGCGAUGUGUCUGCCAUUCGAUGUGGUCAAGAGUUGCAUACAAGGACAGAAAUUAGAGGGAAAGCAGAUGUCAAUGAUAGAGGUUGCAAGGUCGGGGGUGAAGCAGGAAGGGCUGGGAUUCUUUUUCAAAGGAUUUGGAGCGACCAUGGUUCGCGCUUUUCCUGUUAGCGGAGUGACGUUCCUCGUUUACGAGAAGACUAUUUUGUUCAUGUCGUGAUAGGGACAUUCAGUUGUCAACAGCCGGCGAUCGCGCGUCUUCAGUGUUGUUGUUAUCCUUAGGAGAUACCUUACCUUCCGUUUUUCAAGAGAACCGAUUCAUCGUGUCAUAUAUUUGUACGUCUGAAACCUGGUGGGAUCUUUGGACACACAGAUCCCAGUUCUAGACUGCUGAGAGACAAUAUAUCAGGUUCUAUUUUUGGGGCAAAGCCCCCCUAUAAUGAAGCAUACACUUUGUACUCUCUUUAAGUACAACAACUACUCUUUUUA